GUCCGUAACUGCUCACAAGAUUGUACAGCGAUUAUUUCAGUCUGACGAUUAACAACUGUUGUUUCUGUCUUUCUCAGCGGAAGCUGCAUUUUUGUAGAUUGUACAGGCCUGGUGCUUCUUAGCGGUUCUGUAUUAUUUCGGUACUCUUGGUUAAUUUUCAGUUUACGAUAUUGUGGAUCUGUUGUUCAUCAUGAGUAGUAAAGAAGAAGAAGACAUCAUUCGGAUUGCUAAAAAGAUGGAUAAAAUGGUGCAGAAAAAGAGCCCGGUUGGUGCUCUGGACAUGUUGAAAGAACUUAAAAAUAUCCCCAUGACUCUGGAGUUACUACAGUCUACUCGAAUUGGAAUGUCCGUAAAUGCCAUACGGAAACAAAGUACUGAUGAAGAGGUUACAUCUCUAGCAAAGUCCCUAAUUAAAUCCUGGAAGAAACUACUAGAUGGUUCAGCUGCUGAAAAAACAACUGAAGAGAAGAACAAAGAGUCUACAUCUGCCCAAAAUAGCCCAGAAGAAAAAGAAGAAAGAUGACCACAUAGCUAUUGGUGCUGACUGUGACGAACUGGGAGCUCAGAUCGAGGAAGCAGUAUAUCAAGAAUUCAAAAAUACAGAUAUGAAAUAUAAAAACAGAGUGCGCAGCAGAAUAGCGAACCUUAAGGAUGGUAAAAACCCAAAUCUUCGAAGGAAUGUACUUUGCGGGAAUAUUUCUCCUGAAUCACUGUCAAGGAUGUCAGCAGAGGAAAUGGCCAGUGAUGAGUUAAAGGAGAUGCGUAAAAACCUAACCAAAGAGGCAAUCAGAGAACACCAAAUGGCUAAGACUGGUGGUACCGUGACUGACCUGUUUACCUGUGGCAAAUGUAAAAAGAAGAACUGUACUUAUACACAGGUUCAAACUCGCAGUGCUGAUGAACCGAUGACCACAUUUGUUUUCUGUAAUGAAUGUGGAAACAGGUGGAAGUUCUGCUGAGUUGAAGACCUUUUCAGGAACACAGAAAUGGCAGAAGAGAACCAGAGAAGUAUUUGGUUUUAUAGCAAGCUAGGAUAACAGGCCAAGCAUCAUAACCAUCAGUGGCCAGGCAAUAUGAUUUCAGAAGGAAUUCAUCUUGGGGCAGCAUUCAUUUUUGUAAUGAUCACAGCUUCCUCAAAGUACCCUUGUGUGUUUACUAAUGUUAAUAAUGCGUCAACUUUUAUUAUGGAUGUGAUGUGCUUACUCAUUUUUAUAUGACCAGAUUGGCAUUAAACUUUUAUGUAAACAAUUUU